AUGGGUAAUGGAUUCGUGGGACGAGAAGACGAUUUGGUCUUCGACUAUGAAUCAUUGAGUGAGAAUCUGGCAAAUGAAAACGAUGAGAAUUUCGAAGUAGUAGGUCUUGAUAUUAAUAGUGAAGAAUACGAAGAAGUUGAUGGCAUUAAUAAU